AUGAAUGUGAAUAUGGGUAUUCCAAUUGAUCGAUUUGUAAAUCCAGUUGAUGAAAAUCUAAUCUGUGGUAUUUGUCAUGGUGUAUUUAUUAUACCUGUAGUAACAGAAUGUGGUCAUACAUUUUGUGCUAAUUGUUUAAAAAUAUGGUUAAAUUCAAAAUUGGAACAUUUAAAUCAUUUAACAAUAAGUGAUAAUGAACGAACACGUUUUCAAUUUACAUGUCCAACUUGUCGAACAAAAUUAAAUGUUAAUAAUUCACAACAAAAUAAUUCUAUAAAUUCAGUCGUAACUACAACAAACAAUAUAAAUAAUCAUAUUAAUAAUUAUUGUUUUCAUGAUAAACCAAAUAUUAAUUUAUUAUCAAUAGCUAGACCAGUACUUGCAUUAAAGAAUUUUUUAAAUUCUUUACAAAUUUAUUGUGAAUAUGCUAAACGUGGAUGUACUACUAUUGGCAGUGUAGAAUUAAUACAUUUUGGUAAUCAUCGACAUGUAUGCGCUUAUGUACCAGUUGAUUGUGCUGGUUGUGGUAGAACAUUAAAUAGAAUUGAAUUAGCCGCUCAUCAAUUAGGUUGUUUUGGUAUACAGGCCGAACUAGGUGAAAUACACCGGGAAAAUAUUAAACUAUCACAAGAAGUACAAUCAACAGUUGAUGUUGGUAUUCAAACUUUAACAUGUUCCUUAGAAGAAGAAGAAGAAGAAGAAGAAGAACUGAUUCGUCAAAGAAAUUGUACACAUUUAACACAAUCCAAAGAGAUAACAACAAAUUUAUGCAGUUCUAGUGUUCAAACAUAUGAUGAAAAUUUAAAAAGUACAUGUGAUUUUCAAGUUCAAACAGACUUCAAUCAGAAUUUCUCUUCGAUAAAAAUUGAUCAACACUAUAAUAACAGAAGUUUACAACUUUUAAAUGUUAGUUUAAUUAAACUUGUUCAUGCACUACGUGUGGAAUUAGACUCAGCUCAAAAUGAAUUAUAUAUGAGAAAUGGGAAAUAA